GCCACCCAAACACCUCCUAUUCUGCACGUCACUUUCACAGCUAUGUGGCAAAUGCCCAAACAGGUGUCAUCGUCUGCUAAGUGAGGGUUCCGGUGAUGAAGGGGUUAAUAGGAAGGCUUGCGAGUGGAACUUCAGCUGGUAGCCCGGGAUCACUACAAGUGUGAGCUGCUAGCCCAGCCAGCCAGGGCAGGAGCAUCCCUAAUCAGCUCUGUUGGCACAGCCCAGCCAAGCACUUUCAUGCAAGCGACACUGAUCAAGCAGAGGGCAGUGCAGGGGGCCAUCAGCACAGACUGGCAUUUCAGAGUGAUAUACCCUUUGCCUGAAUCCCCUAUUUUAAAGAUGUCCCAGUCUUCUGGAGCAGAUGAAGGGACUACAUUCGAGCACCUCUGGAGUACCCUAGAGCCAGACAGCACCUAUUUUGAGCUUCCGCAAUCAAGCCAUUCAAACAACACUGAAGCAUCAAAUCGAACAGAUGUCAACAUGGAUGUUUAUCAAAUGAGGACCAUGAAUGAAUCUAUCAUGUCCCAGUUCAAUCUGCUGAACAACACCAUGGAUCAGAGUAUCGGCAGCAGAGCGGCCUCCACUAGUCCCUAUAACCCUGACCAUACCUCGAAUGUUCCUACGCAUUCCCCCUACUCCCAGCCCAGCUCCACGUUUGAUGCCAUGUCACCUGCCCCUGUCAUCCCUUCCAAUACAGACUACCCAGGAACGCACAACUUUGAGGUGACAUUCCAGCAAUCCAGUACAGCCAAGUCAGCCACAUGGACGUAUUCUCCUUUGCUGAAAAAGCUGUACUGCCAGAUAGCUAAGACAUGCCCCAUCCAAAUCAAGUUAUCUAAUCCACCACCGCCUGGUUCAGUUAUACGAGCAAUGCCGGUGUUUAAGAAAGCAGAACAUGUGACUGAGGUUGUGAAGCGAUGUCCCAAUCAUGAACUUGGACGAGACUUUAAUGAUGGCCAAGCAGCUCCAGCAAGCCAUCUCAUACGAGUGGAAGGCAAUAACUUAUCUCAGUAUGUGGAUGACCCUGUAACUGGUCGACAAAGCGUUAUGGUGCCGUACGAACCACCGCAGGUUGGGACAGAGUUCACCACAAUACUCUACAACUUCAUGUGCAACAGCAGCUGUGUGGGAGGAAUGAACAGGAGGCCUAUUCUUAUCAUUAUUACUCUGGAAACAAGAGAUGGGCAAGUAUUGGGCAGAAGGUCUUUCGAAGGUCGUAUCUGUGCCUGUCCAGGCAGAGACCGUAAGGCUGAUGAAGAUCACUUCCGGGAGCAAGCGGCAUUAAACGAAACAGCAGCAAAAAAUGGCAAUGCCAACAAACGCACAUUCAAACAGAGUCCCCCAAGUGUUCCAAGUAUGGGUUCUAAUAUUAAGAAAAGGAGGCAUGGUGAAGAUGAGAUAUUUUAUAUACCUGUUCGUGGCCGGGAGAACUUUGAAAUUUUGAUGAAGAUAAAGGAAAGUCUGGAGUUGGUGGAGCUUGUUCCUCAGCAGCUGGUGGAUUCGUAUCGGCAGCAACAACAGCAGCUUCUUCAAAGACAAACCCAUCUGCAGUCCACAUCUUCAUAUGGCCCUGUUCUUUCACCAAUGAAUAAACUUCAUGGAGGGAUCAACAAGCUGCCUUCUGUCAACCAAUUAGUGGGGCAACCCAAUCAGCAUAAUUCUAAUGCAGGGCCAAACAUGGGACCAAUGGGCCCCAGCAUGUUAAACAGUCAUCCGUUGCAGACUAACGGAGAGAUGAAUGGGGCACAUUCAUCCCAGUCUAUGGUAUCAGGAUCACAUUGUACCCCUCCGCCACCCUACAAUGCAGACCCCAGCCUAGUCAGUUUUUUAACAGGAUUGGGGUGUCCCAACUGCAUCGAAUAUUUCACAUCACAAGGGUUACAGAAUAUUUACCACCUGCAGAACCUUACUAUGGAGGAUCUUGGAGCACUGAAAAUACCAGAACAUUACAAAUCAAUGAUCUGGCGAGGCAUUCAAGAGCUUAACAAGAGCCAUGAAUAUGGAGCCCAGCAGCUCGUUCGAUCAAGUAGCAACGCUUCCACCAUUUCUAUUGGCAGCUCUGGCGAGCUCCAGCGCCAGCGUGUUAUGGAGGCAGUACACUUCCGCGUACGUCACACCAUCACUAUUCCCAACCGGGGCGGUGCUGAUGAAUGGGCAGAUUUUGGCUUUGAUUUACCUGACUGCAAAUCACGCAAACAGUCCAUAAAGGAGGAAUAUGAAAACAGUGACAUCAACUAAUAUCAGAAUAUAUAUAUGUAGCUGACCAAGUAAAUACCCUACUGCAUAAAGCCAAAUCAGAAUGGGUUGUGCUGCGUGCAGCUUGUGAGUUCCACAAAACAUAAGUGAUGACUACUUAUUGGGUCAAGAACAGAUACAAGGCGGUUAUAAUCUACGCUUAUCUGUGCUCAGCGGCUUUCAUUAUAGGGUAAUUUAAUAUGGGGAUCAACUUAAUGGAGAAACCAUUGCCAACAUAUGUUUGUAGAGGAGGCAGCCAAGCAACCAAGUGAAGAUUGGAAAUUGUGACUUUGGUUAACUGAGAAUAAUGACAACACGUUCUUCUUUCCCAAAGGCUGUCAGAGAGAGAGAGAGAUGAGAUUUCAUACAGACCUCUGGUUUCACACAGAUAAUCACCGUUCUCCAGUUCCCAGAUGCCGGCCAUAUGCUGAAACACUGCAGUAGGAAGUGGAUCCAUAUCUGUCCCGAUGGAACUGCCAGAAAAGUAUUUUUUUGCAUUGACUGUUAAAACCUUGGACAAUGAUACAAAACAAUCGCCUUUCGCCUAAGAGAAAGGUUCAGGAGUUGUACAGAUACACACCUCAAAGCGUGUUUUUUCUUUUUUUUUUUUAAAGUAGAUCUUUGGUCUCGAUCCUGCUGCGUUUUAGGGGCACAAAAAAAGGAAAUCUGACCAUGACCUACAGAUUUUUUGUGUAUAUAUAGUUUUUCUUGUAUCUUCUUAAUAUAUAUUUAAUUAUUCUGUGUAAGAUAACGCGUGUUGACUCUUUUGGUCAAUGAUAAAACUGGUCAGCAAUAGGGUGUUGAAAUUGUUAAUCUGAUCUACACAAUAAUAUGGCACGCUGACUCGCUGGCGGCUGGUAUUAUAGAAACAUAAACACGCUGAACGUGUACCCAGUUUUUAGUGAAAUUUGUAUAAAAUGAUGCACAUUCAGCGUUGGCAAUGCGUUGGGAAACACUGUUGCUAAAUGUUCAUUCUAUACCGUUCCGUAAUUCAGCGAAACCCCCUCCUAAGUUGUUGAGAUGUGUCGGUGAUAUUGUGUGUAUAGUGUGUAAGUACCUGUAAAUAGAGCACCACAAGCAGGGUGUAAGUAUUUCCAGUGGCAGGUUAGCCCUUUGGAUGCUGUAUGUCAGCAUGGCAACCUUCUCACACAGGGCAGGCACAGUGACGUUCUACACAAGUGAUCAUAUUUCCCUUUGCACAAGUUAUGUAACUGCACCUUCCAGGGAACUGUUGGAUAUCAGUUGCAAAUUCUAUGUACACAUUUUCUUUAGGAAACAAAAACCUGCAUUGAAUGUAGAUAAUCAAUACAAAUUUCAUGGAACUUUU